GGGCGUGUCCCCGCUCGGCCGACGACUCCUCCCGGCUUCACCUGCAGCAGCAGCGCGUCCCGCGUCAGAUGGCCUCCAACACCGCCACCAUGGGGAACCUCCCCAGCGGGAUCGGAAUAUGUACGACCAUCCCCGACAUCCUCUACCUGCCGGAGCUGAUCUUCGGCGGCCUGGUGUGGAUCCUGGUGGCCUGUACGCUGGUGGUGCCGCAGAACCCCCAGGGCUGGGUGAUGUUCGUCUCCGUCUUCUGCUUCGUCAUGACCUUCGUCUGGAUGCUGGUGUUCGCCUGCGGGGGCCACAGCAACCGAGGCAGCUGGGCGGCGGCGGACUUUGCGUAUCACGGCAUCGCCGCCUUCUUCUACCUCAGCGCAUCAGUGGCUUUGGCCAAAGUGACUCUGGAGAUGAAAGAUGACACCAACUUCCAAAACUACCAGCUGGACAUCUCCGCCGUGGUUUUCUCGUACGUGGCGACUCUGCUCUACUUCAUCCACACCGUCCUGUCCGCCAUCCGCUGGAAAUCCUUCUAGAGGUUCUUCCUCCAGGAAGACGCAGCAGGACUGAACUCAGAACUCAUUUCAUAUUCGCCGACGCUGCCGAGCUUCUGCUCUUCUCUCUGCCGGACGACGGAGGCUCUUCUGACCUACAGACCGCAGCUUCCAUCACACAGUUACUACUGACGCUGUGACUACUGACACGGACGUGACGGACGCGUCACCGGGAAGACGUGUGGAGCAGAAGCAUCUAUCACAGGAGCUCGAUGCGUCGAGGAGGUUUCUGGUUGGUUACACAGAUCAACAGGUGGUCAGUGCAUGGCGUCUCUGUUUAACUCAGAAUAAUGUCGUCCUCUCGCAGACGGAAUGUCUGUCUCCAUGGUAACGCUCUGUCUCCCUGUCUCAGCACAUUUGGGACAAAGGACCGACCGUACAACCACACUCAACGUUCUAAGAGGCAGGACAGCUUUUUUUUCCCCGACAUUUGACAUUAUAAUCCAAUUUGAAUUAUUAAAAUUCAAUACAACUGCGCAUUAGACUGCAGUAUAAGUACUCUGAUGCCUCACUCCAGUAAAAGUACAAAUACCACAAUGUUAAAGUUAGAAUAUGGAUUUUUUUCCACAAUAAAAUCUCUUAAAACAACAACAAUAGAUGAAUCCUGUUAAUCGAUGUGACAUUGUCCAGUCACUUCUAAACCCGGAGAAACGUUGAACCAAGGUUUGUUUCAUCGAACGGCGUCAGUCAAACUCUGGUGGGACGUCCGGAUGUGGACAACACGAGUGUCUGUCAUCGUCCGUCCUCUCGAGUUGUAGCUUCACGUUUGUUCUCUGCUGCAUCUGUUGUUUUCUCUUUUCGGUUUCUUCUUCUUGCGGCUGCUUUUAUACUUUUAUAAGCUUCGUAACUUUGUCAAACAGAUCAUGAAGAGGUCGAUGUCGCGACGUGAAACUGGAACCAGGACGUAACAGUUAUGAUAGAUGGUUUUUGGGGCUAAUGUUACAGUUUAUAACUGACUGUUUUGUUUUUGUAAAAUUUUGGAAACUAUUGAAUAAAAUUAAAUAAAUGUG